CCCAGCCUUGCUUCCCCACCCACCAACGUAGGGGAGGGGAGUGUAAGUACCGCUUCCCUCCUCCAAUCCCCGCCGGCCACAGCUAGCUUUCCCGCCCGACCCCUUUGCGUCACCAUUCUAGGUGGCCCCCUCCCGACCGUACAGCCAGCCAAUCAGGAGGGCGAGAGCAUCCCGCCUUUGCUCUCGUACGCUGAGGCUGGUAUCCGUCGGAACUUGGCUAGCCAGCCGCGCCGCCAAUCUCUGGCAGCAAGCGGUGGUUUAAAGGACGUGGCGGGAACCUGGUGUUGGCCGAAUUCGUCACUCUCACGGUCGCUUGGAGCUGAUCCAUCUUUUGGGGAGUUCAUAAUGACCAGUCAAGCCAUUUGAACAAUGAAAAUAUUAUCCUGGUCUCCUAGGACAGUAAAGUCAUGCCAAUGUGAACAAUUUUUCACCGUCAAAAUUAACAUUGCAAAAUAAGCCAACAUGUCUGUCGAUCCGAUGACCUAUGAGGCCCAGUUCUUUGGCUUCACGCCACAAACUUGCAUGCUUAGGAUCUACAUUGCAUUUCAAGACUACCUGUUUGAAGUGAUGCAGGCUGUUGAACAGGUUAUUCUGAAGAAGUUGGAUGGCAUCCCAGACUGUGAGAUUAGCCCAGUCCAGAUUCGUAAAUGCACAGAGAAGUUUCUUUGCUUCAUGAAAGGGCGUUUUGAUACCCUUUUCGGCAAAAUGGAGCAGCUGUUUUUACAGUUAAUUUUACGCAUUCCCCCAAACAUCUUGCUUCCGGAAGAUAAAUCUCAGGAGAUGCAUCCUUGUAGUGAGGAAGAAUUCCAGCUUCUCCAAAAAGAAAUUGAACAGUUACAGGAGAAGUAUAAGACUGAAUUAUGCACUAAGCAGGCCCUUCUUGCAGAAUUAGAAGAGCAGAAAAUUGUUCAGGCCAAACUGAAACAGACACUGGCUUUGUUUGAUGAGCUUGAAAAUGCUGGCAGAGAUCAUGGGACUAGUGAUUUUAGAGAGAGCUUGGUAUUCCUGGUCCAGAACUCCAGAAAACUACAGAAUAUUAGAGACAAUGUGGAACAGGAAAGCAAAAGACUGAAAGUAUCUUAAUUUCUAGGUAGUAAAAGGGGGUCUAUCAGAAAGAAUGGUCAGGGAUUUACAUCAAUGACUAUUCUUAUUCUAGGAAACUGUAUAUUUUAUUGGAUUUUCCUCGUUCACUCUUUCAUGUAUUCCACGCCUUCUCUUUUUCUGUCCCCUCUCCUGAGGUAUCUAUCUACUACCCUCAACUAAUCUUUGAAGCAUCUGUUCUUAGAGGCCCCUAAUAGAUGGGAAGGGAUUCUUGACUCAGUAAUGACUCAUUUGGGGGCAUAAUCGAAGAAGUUAAGCCUCCCCUGGCCGAAGAUAUCCGUAAAGUUGUACCUUGGUCAUGAGUCCUUUGUAACCUCGGUCCUUUUGACUUAUUCUUUGGAUGAGACAAAUGAGGAAAAGGUUAAAUGGGUGGCUUCUUGGUUAACCAGCUGCUACCCUGUGGGACAGCCAGCAGAGUGCCUGCCCUUGCCCAGUAACUUUUCUACACGAGGAAGUGGAUAAUUAGUUGAAAGAAGCAAGUAGCAGAAAAGACAACCAUGAUCUUUAGUAAAGAAGAAAGAAGUUUUUGUUUCUAAAAUAAAUCCUUUCCACGACCAAGGCCUCGGUGACGGUAAGCAGUUUGCUAUGUUGAGGUCCAGCAGGAGAGGACCUGGGACAAAAAAGAAGCAGAUGUCACUGGAGCAGAAAAGGAAGAAGCCUGGAACAUACCCAAGGCAAAGUUUAUAUUAACUGAUUGUUAGGUAUUUGUAGCAAUUUUUUUUUCAUGCUUCAGUUAGUUUUGGAAUCUGCGUUGUAACUAAUAUUUAAUUAACUUAUUUAUUCACACUCAUAAGCAUCAAAUAUUUGGUACCCUCACCGGGAAAUUUUAGCUGUGUCUUGUGCUUAAAUUCAAUGGAGUCUGAUAUUUCCUUUUGUAAUCAGUCCAUGUAAAGAGUUAGACCACCCAAAGAAAGGGGAGAAAUAGCAAUUGAUGCUCCUAAGGUAUAGCUUUCCCGUAUGUCUUCCUAAAGAACAGGACUCGGAGUUUCUCCUUUAUGUAGAGGAGUAACUUAGGGUAUUACUGUUUGCAAUUAAAUAUUUAAAGACACAGGAAGCCUGUGUUUACCUGGAAUAUGUUUAUUAUCAAAGAGUCUUUUUUUCCAAUCUUGUACAUUAAAUACAUUUGUUUCAAAAGCUUUGGUUUUUGAUUUUCUACUGUCUGUAGUGUCAUGGUGUGUUUCCUCCCUCAGUAUGACUUUUUACCCAAAUGAAAAUUUUCUAUUUUUUUUUUACAUUUGUAGCUUAUUUAAAAUAUCUGAGUAUAGUGAGCUGAAAGGUGAUCCCCCAAAAGUAUUCCAUGUCUUGAUUACUGGAACCUGUGAUUGUGCCUUAUUUGGAAAAGGGGUCUUUGCAGGUGUAAUGAAGUUAAGGAUCUGGAGAUAAGGAGAUCAUCCUGAAGUAUCCAGGUGGGCCCUCAAUCCAGUGAUAAGUGUCUUUAUGAGAAAGGCAGAGGGAGAUUUGACACAGAAGAGGAGGAGGCAUUGGGACCACAGAGGCAGAUUGAAGCGAUGCAGCCACAAGUCAAGGAAUGCCGAGAGCCACCACAAACUGGAAGAGGCGAAGAACAGCUUCUCCCCCAGGGCCUCCGGAGGGAGUGUGGCCCUGCUGACACCUCUAUUUGAAGUUCCAGCCUCCAGAACUGUGAGAAUACAUAUCUGUUGUUUUAAGUUGCUAAGUUUGUUAUGGUAUCCACAGGAAACUAAUAUACCUGGUGAAAUUAGAAUAUUAAGAUAUUCAUAAGGAUCUAGGCUGCUUAUUAAGGAAACAACAGCUGAGACCUAGUUGGCCUCAUUAUACAAGCAAUAAUAUGGUUUGAAUACAGUUAAAAUAUGGACAUGACCUGGGUAGAAGGGUGAAAUCCACAGUGUCUAGAACUCAGGAGUCCAUUUCAUGUUGAAUAAGUGCUCAAUAAUUGUUGGAUAUUAAUACUGUUAAUAUUUGUCAUAGUAGUGUCUCUGCAGGAACAAAUUAAUCUACCUGGCCUCAUUCUCCUUUAAUAAUUAAAUUGCUCCCUCAAAAAUUCAGAAAUAAAUCAGGAUAAUAAACA